AUGGGUCUGAAGCGCUCGCAAUUGAAGCAGCUGAAGAAGGCAGCAUUUCUGGAUGCAGUAGAGCUCUACAAGGCCCAUUCGGGAAGCGCGCGACGUGGAUUUAAUGAGUUCAUCCUAGCGGCGAUGCAGGAGAUGCGGGCGUACGAGGUGGAGGAUGAUCUGGAGGCCUACAAGGCUCUCCUUUCUGUGCUGCCUCGCGAGGGACGACUGAAGGCCAAGUCCAUCCUCCACGCUGAUGUGGGGGGGUACAAGCAACAGCAGGACACUGUCGUCAGACUGCUCUUACAGCUUAACGCCAAUCGUGAGGUUCAUUUCUAA